CAGAGUCAGACAAACAACACUUAUUGCACAAGAAACUUACACUAGUAUCAAAAUGACUGGCACCGAUAACCCCAACCCCGGCAACUUUGCCAACCGACCCAAGGAAGAGGUUCAAGAGAUUGCUUCUAAGGGCGGAAAGUCCAGCCACUCCGGUGGAUUUGCCAGCAUGGACGCCGACAAGCAGCGAGAGAUUGCUUCUGAGGGCGGCAAGGCAUCAUCGGGCUCUUUCGAGCCUGGUAGUGAGAAGGCCAAGGAGGCUGGUCGCAAGGGUGGACUGGCUUCCUAGAUGUACUAUUCUGAUGAGAUAUGACUUUGGAUCGAUGGAAGAGUUUUAUCGGCAGGACGUGGGAACAUGAAUUGAUUUCAUAACCUCACUAUAUUCCUCGCCAUUUGAUGUGAUGUUUUCACGACUCUAGGUGAUACUGUGACG